AUGGCUUCUGUGCCCCGUGUGCUUCUCACCAGCUGCGCCGCCGGGUUCAAUGAGGAGAAGCUGGUGACGGAAAUCAUCGGCACAGACCAGCUUCCUACGAUUGUACAGGAGACGGAGGGUGUUCGGCAGUACCCCUGGAGGAUAGACAACAAGUACUACACAGCCCUUGUAAAUAUCUGCAUAGUACCCAGCACAGCCCAGGUGACUGCUCGGGUAGCUGAGUCCGUCCAGGCCUUCGUCGUCUACUUUGACAGCACAGUGAAAUCUGGUCUUGAGAAGGUGUCUCCAUGGCUCCCAUUACUGGAAGAUUGGAUGCUAGAUGUCAUGAUCUUGGUGUGUGACCGGGCUUCUGAUACUGGUGUGAGCCGGCAGACGGCGCAGGAGUGGUGUGUAUCCAACAUGGGUUUGAGCUGGUGGAGCUGAACCCGGAGGAGCUGCCAGAUGAAGAUGAUGAUUUCCCAGAAUCCACCGGUGUUACCCGAAUAGUCCAGGCUUUAAAUGCCAACGUGUGGUCUAAUGUGGAAAUGAAGAAUGAGCAGUCCUUUGGGAUCUUCAGCUCCUUGGCGGCAGUGAACCUUGGCACAGAGAGCGGCGGAGAUCCACAGGAUAAUGUUUCUGUGUCCGGAGGGGAGGCUGCAGUACAUCCUACGGAUCCAGGACGAGGUGGAGAUUCUGGAAGUAAUUGCAAUUCUCAGAUUGACUCUGUUGUGGACCCGAUGCUGGACCUUGAUAUCCGAGAACUUGCCAGUCUCACCUCGGGAGAAGGAGACCUGGAAAAUUUUGGCCGGCUUUUCUCCAAACUUCAGGAAAUGAAAGAUAAAGCUGCGACAUUGCCACACGAACAAAGAAAAUUGCACGCAGAAAAGGUUGCCAAAGCUUUCUGGAUGGCCAUUGGUGGAGAUCGUGAUGAAAUUGAAGGCAUUUCCUCGGAUGAUGAGAACUGA